AUGUCCGCUGACGCCCGCCCCAUAACCCCCACACGCUUCGCCGCAGCCCUUAAAGAACUCCCCACUGACGCCCUUUUCACCAAGCUCCUCGAACUCCGCAAUAGCAUCGCCCACCUCGACUACUCCAACGAGCAGCUCCGGCCCUACGCCGAAGGCACGGCGCGCGCCCUCGACCCCAACAACCCCUCCUCCUCCCAACAGUCCUCACAAGAAGAUAAAUGCGAACCAGACCAAGACUGCAUCGAUGCCAUCAAAGAAAACGAAGCCGUCAUCGAGCGGAUGCAAGAGCGCAUCCGCCUGCUCAGGACAGAAGUUGAGUCUCGGGGACUAAACUGGACAGAUUUCGAAUCGCGUGCGCGGAGGGCAGAAGAGGAGAGGAGGGUGGUCCCCGAGAUGGAUAAUACCGAGACGAUUGUGGUCGAGCAUCCUAAUACCCAGCAACAAGAAGCACCGACGACGAAUGGGACUGGGCCAGCGGUGAAUGGCACAGGGGAGAGGAGUCACCCUGCUUGGAGUGAUGGGACUUUUCAGACGGGGGUUAUUAGGGAUGGGGUUAUUGAGAUGCAUCCGCCGAGGGCACAGCAGGGAGGCGCGGGGAGGCAGCCGGGCGGGUCACUCUCGGACGAGGAGUUGAGGAGAAGGGUUGAGGAGCAGAUUCGGCGAUUGGGAGUUCAGGAGGGGGAUGAGGAGGAAGGGUUAUAUCUGUAA